CCGCCUCCUCUCUGUAGGGAGGAGGGAGAAAGGAGGAAGGAAGGAAGGGAGGAAAGGAGGAGAGAGCCUUGUUCUCCCGGCCGGCAUUGAGCUCUGCUUCCAAAGCAAAGAAAGGCAAGGACCCGAAAGGAGCCGGAGAGCGAGGCGGGGAGCGCCAGCCCUUUCUUCAACGGGAAGAGGCGGCCUCCAUGUUUCUCCAUCUGAGGAUGGGGAUGGCCUUGUAGCCCGCCUCCCUUUCUUCCUAUUCUUCAUCACCAUUGGAGGAAGAGGAGAGAGAGGGCAUCCCCUUCCUUCCUUCCUUCCUUCGUUCCUCCCUUCCUUCCUUGGGAGGAAAGCCUCCUCUUCCUCUUCUUCUUCCUCGCCCCCAUGGCUCGCCCCAGGCCCCGCGAAUACAAAGCCGGAGAUCUGGUCUUCGCCAAAAUGAAAGGCUACCCGCACUGGCCGGCCCGGAUCGAUGAACUCCCCGAGGGAGCCGUGAAGCCUCCAGCCAAUAAGUAUCCUAUCUUCUUUUUUGGGACUCAUGAAACUGCAUUUUUGGGGCCGAAAGAUCUCUUCCCCUACAAAGAAUACAAGGACAAGUUUGGGAAAUCAAACAAACGAAAAGGAUUUAACGAAGGCCUCUGGGAAAUAGAAAACAACCCUGGUGUUAAGUUUACCGGAUAUCAGGCAAUUCAGCAGCAGAGUUCAUCAGAAACGGAGGGCGAAGGAGGCAAUACAGCAGACGCCAGCAGCGAAGAGGAAGGUGAACGAGUAGAAGAGGAUGGAAAAGGGAAAAGGAAGAAUGAAAAAGGGGGCUCAAAACGGAAAAAAUCCUAUACUUCAAAGAAAUCUUCUAAGCAGUCGCGGAAAUCUCCCGGAGAUGAAGAUGACAAAGACUGCAAAGAGGAAGAAAACAAGAGCAGCUCUGAUGCUGGGGAAGCCGGCAAUGACACGAGAAACACCUCUUCAGACUCGCAGAAAACUAGUGAAGGGACUUAACCAACAUAUUGACUGCUGCGCGUUAAGGGAAGACACAAGAAGGUUACGUGUUUGGUUGUCUAAUAUUCUUGGAUUUGAUAGAAGUCAGCACAUGUGUUCAUCAUCAGCAUAUCUGUUCGUAUGCACAUUUAGUC